GAGCGCGCUGGGGAUGCUGCUGCCGCUGGCCGCGGCGCGCUGCAAUUAGCCAGCUGGGCACCGGCCUGGCCAGGAGCCGGCUCGGGGGGCCCGGCCCAGCCCGGCCGCUUUGUUGCUGCUGCUGCUGCCGGAUUUUCGGGGUGGAAGGAAAAAUCCAGGAGGGACCCGACUCCCAUCAGGACUGAGAGGCCCUGCCGGGGACGCCCAUCGACCGCCAGCCCAAGGGGUGCGGGGGCUGCUGAUGCCCAGAGCCCGCCAUGGCCUGCCUCCAUGAUACCCGGACCCCCUCCCCGUCCUUCGCCAGCUUCAACACCAUCCUGACGGAGAGCUCCCUCCGUAAGCUGGACCCCGACGCCUCGGACUGCACCCCCGAGAAGGACCUGACGCCCACGCAGUGCGUGCUGCGGGACGUGGUGCCCAUCGACGGGGGCGGCCACAGCCCCACGCCCAGCGAGGAGACGCGCGAGCAGUUUGCCAACAGCGUCCUGCAGCUGCACGAGAAUGAGGCCGGCGGCGGGGGCGGGGGAGCCGGGGCAGGGGCCGGGAACCCCGAGCUGCGGCACACUCGUUACCACGCCGACCAGGUCCGGCUCCACUGCCAGACGGGCAGCGGCUUCCUGGAAGGGCUCUUCGGCUGCCUCAGGCCCGUCUGGAGCAUGAUUGGCAAAGCCUACUCCACCGAGCACAAGCACCCGCAGGAAGACACGUGGGAGGUGCCGUUCGAGGAGAUCCUGGACCUGCAGUGGGUGGGCAGCGGGGCGCAGGGCGCUGUCUUCCUGGGGCGCUUUCACGGGGAGGAGGUGGCGGUGAAGAAGGUGCGAGACCUCAAGGAGACGGACAUCAAACACCUGCGCAAGCUCAAACACCCCAACAUCAUCACCUUCAAGGGCGUCUGCACCCAGGCUCCUUGCUACUGCAUCAUCAUGGAGUUCUGCGCCCAGGGGCAGCUGUAUGAGGUGCUGCGAGCCGGGCGCAAGGUCACCCCCUCCCUGCUGGUCGACUGGUCCAUGGGCAUCGCCGGCGGCAUGAACUACCUGCACCUGCACAAGAUCAUCCACCGCGACCUCAAGUCACCCAACAUGCUGAUCACCUACGAUGACGUGGUGAAGAUCUCGGACUUCGGCACCUCCAAGGAGCUGAGUGAUAAGAGCACCAAGAUGUCCUUCGCCGGCACCGUGGCCUGGAUGGCCCCCGAGGUCAUUCGCAAUGAGCCCGUCUCUGAGAAGGUCGACAUCUGGUCCUUCGGGGUGGUGCUGUGGGAGCUGCUGACAGGCGAGAUCCCCUACAAGGACGUGGAUUCCUCGGCCAUCAUCUGGGGCGUGGGCAGCAACAGCCUGCACCUGCCCGUGCCCUCCGGCUGCCCCGACGGCUUCAAGAUCCUACUGCGCCAGUGCUGGAACAGCAAACCCCGCAACCGGCCGUCCUUCCGCCAGAUCCUGCUGCACCUGGACAUCGCCUCGGCGGACGUGCUCUCCACGCCCCAGGAGACCUACUUCAAAUCCCAGGCCGAGUGGCGCGAGGAGGUGAAGCUGCACUUUGAGAAGAUCAAGUCGGAGGGGACGUGUCUGCACCGGCUGGAGGAGGAGCUGAUUAACCGGCGCCGUGAUGAGCUCCGGCACGCGCUGGACAUCCGGGAGCACUACGAGCGCAAGCUGGAGCGAGCCAACAACCUGUACAUGGAGCUCAACUCCCUCAUGUUGCAGCUGGAGCUGAAGGAGAAGGAGCUGCUCAGGCGGGAGCAGGCGCUGGAGAAGAAGUACCCGGGGCUGUUCAAGCCGCAUGCAUCGCGCAGUCUCCUGCACGGCAACACGGUGGAGAAGCUCAUCAAGAAGAGGAACGUGCCCCAGAAGCUGUCGCCGCACAGCAAGCGGCCGGACAUCCUGAAGACGGAGGUGAUCCUGCCCAAACUGGACUCGGCCAUUGCCCAGGUGUCGAUCCCCGCGUGCCAGAAGGGCCCCACCUCCCCGGGCCGGAGCCGCCGGGCCAAGCCGCGCUACCGCAAAGCCAGCGCCAAGGGCAGCUGUGGGGAGCUGGCAGGGCCCCGGGCCCCGGAGCCGGCGGAGGUGGGGCAGCAGCCGGAGACGCCUGCCUUCCUGCGCGGGCUGCAGCACGACCUGCUGCGCCGGAUGUCCUCGUCCAGCCCGGACCUCAUCAACACCACCCUGGAGGCCGAGGCCAAGAAAGAGGGGGCCCCUGCCGGGCCCGAGUCGCCCCCAGCCGAGCAGCCCCGCAGCGAGACCCCCAGCGAGGACACGGCCUCGGUGCCCUUCUCCAGCAGCCCCGACUCGCCCUCCUCCAAGCAGGGGGCCGUGGGGCCAGCGGACAAGAGCCACCGGCUGCUGGGCCUAGCCCAGAGGCUGCAGCCGGGCGAGGAGCCCGACAAGGAGGCAGGCGUGGCGGGCAAGGUGGGCAAGGCCUGUGGGGUGCCGCCGCAGCACCUGACGCCCGCAGAGCUGCUGUACCGAGCCGCCGUGACCCGGAGCCAGAAGCGAGGGGUCUCGUCCGAGGAGGAGGAGGGAGAAGUGGACAGCGAGGUGGAGCUGCCGCUGAGGCAGAGGUGGCCCCAGGGGCUGAGCCAGCGCCAGUCGCUCUCCACCUUCAGCUCAGAGAACUUCUCGGACGGGGACGGUGAGGAGGGGAACACGAGCGACGCGUCGCCCAGCGGCACGCCCGACGUGGCCAGCACCCACACGGGCGAGCGCUCCGACGACAUGCUCUCGCAGAGCUGCGAGAUCCCGCUCGACGCCCUGGCCCACUCCGACGGCCUGUCCGAGAAGGAGGCUGCUGUGCGGCAAGUCAAGAGACAGCUCAGCGCUGAGCAGAAUGCCGCGGAGACCCCCUCCGUGUACGAGGACUCGGACUGCGACAGCGCCGAACUGGACCACUCGGGCAGCGGAGACACGCACAGACUGCCGGCCGCCCCCAGCUCGUGAUGCCCCCCCCCACGAGGUUGUACAGACCCCCAGAUAUUUAUAUAAAUAAUCUAUAAAUCUCUAUAUAAAGCUAUAUAAUGUAUAAUCUACCCAGAGGCGGCGCUGGAGCCAGCUGGAGCGGCCCAUGCACUGAACUCACCUCGGUCCUGAUGGACAGACUGAGGGGGCCGGGGGCCUGGGGGUUCGCCUUGUACAGCUGGAGACCAAGAAAUGCCCCACGGCGUCAGACUCCUGGCCAGAAGGGCCCAGUGGCACUGGCGCCAGCUCAGCGCAGGACCGGCCCGUGAUGGGCAGUGUCUGGGAACAGGCCCAGGAUGCACCGGGGCAGCGGCUGGGAUGUGGAGGAGCAUAAUCCCCCCCUAUCUGCAAAGGUGAACCCAAGAGAGGCGAGACGUGGUGCUAUCCCGGCGCUUCGCCCGAGCAGCCCCGUUGGCAGGCUGGGUGCGGCCGUGAGCUCGGCAGGAGCCGGAGAGGGCGGGCAGGCAGCGUGGGACCCUGUGGGCAGAGGAGUGCAGGUUGCUACGUCGCGGAGAUCGUGUGGAAGCUCCUGCGAGACCAGUCAAAGCCCAGCAGAGCAACCAACCGCCCCCAAAAUCUGCCCAGCGCAGCAACGCACCAGGCUGGGGCAGACCCUCGAGCCGACCUGCCCCCGGGGACAGAACUGCGAUCCCAGGCUCCUGCUCCCAGGCAGACCCUAGACCCAAACCUCCUGCUCCGCAGCAGCCGCCCCACCAGCUCAGCACCAAGCAAUGCUGCCCCCGCCCCAGGCCGCUGCAGCGCUGCCGGCUUUCGGGCCAAGGGAGGGUGGGGGUGGCCGCGCUGCCUCCUGCUGGGACCCACAUGCACUGCACUUUUUGUUGGUGUUAAUUUAUUUUAAACGAAUGUUUACAUUUGCACUUGUGUCCUGGUUGGAACAGGGAGGGGUGGGCGCUUGGGGGGGGUGGGACUUAAAGGGUGGACUCUGUGGGGCUGCUGACUCCUCUGAGCCCCUGUUGUGUGGGGGGAGGCAGCUCCCCCUUCCCCUGUUUAUGUAGCUGGGUCCCUCCCGCAGGGCUGUUUCUCAGGUGAAAGUCCCGUCACCCCCCAGCAUCCCUUUCCUUCUGGAACGGUUUGGCCUUGCUGCUGAGUGUUUGGCCCCAUGGACGCGCGCGCCCCCUCCCCGGCAGUGCAGGUGUGGGGAGCAAUGAGCCCGGCAUGGGAUCAGUAUGGGCUGCCCCCAAACCCCAGUGACCAGACAGCAAAUGUGAAAAAUCAGGCUGGGGGGGGUGGGGGUUAAUAGGCGCCUAUAUAAGAAAAAGACACCAAAAUCGGGACAUCUGGUCACCCUAGUGGGCUGCCUGCUGUCAUGCUGGCAGAGCCCCAUGGGCCGGUUGGCCCCCGUCAGAACCCCCCUGCAGAGCCAAAAGCCCUGUGCCGCCCCCGCCAGUGGGCAUCUUGCCACUGCCCUGAAGGGGGGGUGGCUCAGGCCCUAGGGGGAGGGGCAGAGCGCUGGCUAGCUGGGGGUGGGGUUUGGCGUAGCUCCUGCCUGGUUUUUAGCCUUGCUUGAUGGGGCAUGUUUCAGCUGGCACCUCCUGGGGUUUCUGUAGGUCCUACAUCAUCGCAUUACAGAGGGAAAUGCAGUGGGCAUUGGCGGGAAACCCCUCAUGGCCACUGGGGCCAGCCCCACACCCCAUCAGUCAAAGCUCCUAGUUUCCCUGGGUAGCUCCUGGCUGGCCUAGGGUCCCGGCAAGGGGGCAGGCAGUGGGGUGGGGGUGGGGGGGCUGACAGCUAAAUGCCCCCAAUCCCAUGUAGCACAUUCACCAGCACUGGACUAACCUGCCCCACCCAUGCCUGCUGCCUGGCCAGCACAGCUGUGGGUUGGGCUCCCCUGAUGCCCAGGCUCUGGGGAGGGGAGGGGGGGUUUCUGGCAGGGUACUGCAGGGCCAAGUUUAGGGUCACCAGAUGUCCUGAUUUUAUAGGGACAGUCCUGAUUUUUGGUUCUUUUUCUUGUAUAGGCUCCUAUUACCCGCCCCAACCCGAUUUUUCACACUUGCUGUCUGGUCACCCUAGCCAAGUUCCCCGGCCUGUCAGGUUUGUGGCUAAGGCGGUGGCGGCCUGUGGGCCAUCAGCCGUGGCGUCUCCCCACAGGCAGGCCCAGCUCGCUGGCUCAUGGAGCUUUGCAGCUGCAUGUUGCUUUCUGGCCACAAAGAAGCUCCCCCCCCCAAAAAAAAAUCCACACUGGGCCCCCCACAGCCCCCAAAACAGGGGAGGCCACUUGCCUCUCGUCUGCCCCUUGUGGGGGAAAGGAGCAUGUUUUGUGCUGGUCAUGCACCUGUCCCAGCAAGCUCACCCGCUCAGAGAGAGGCAGUUAGUCCCCAUGGCUAGACCCCUUGCCUGGGACCCUUCUCUAGCUCUGCCAUUGGCCUGCUGGGAGACCUCAAGCAAAUUGUUUCCCCUUCCCUUUGCCUCAGUUUCCCCAUCUGUACAAUGAGGCUCAUGCUAGGACCCUGCUGUGCAAAGACACUAGCUGGGUAUUAAAUCAACAAGGGGGCAGGAAGGGAACCAGCAGCCCAGCGAGGAGCCUUGCCCUGAAAGGGUCACCCAACACCUCAGGAGCAGGCCCCACAGCCCAGGCCAGUGCUCUAGCCACUAGCCUAUGCUGCCUCCCAUUUGUUUGUAGCAAUUCCUUUGGGGCCAGGCAGAGCCAGCUGCAGCCCUUGUGCGCCAGCAACCAAGGCCCCCAGCUGCCUGAGGGACCAGGGGAGAAAGAGACCGUGGCCAAGGGGUAGCACUGAGUGACAUGUUUUGACCCAAACUUUUUGGGGGACACAGGGCUGAAAAAUGCAACUUUGGGGUCAUCCAAGCGGUUUGCCAAUUUCUGUUGGAGUCACCAAAUUUCCCCCCCCCCCCCCAAGAUAAAAAUCCAGGAAAAAGGGACAUGAAACAUUGACUUUUUUGUUUCAAAACGACUUUUUGGUCCCACAUCCCACCCCCCUCUGGCCCAGCCCUAGGGUGGCACUUGACCCUUUGGUUCUCCUCAGUGGCCUGCUUCCCCCCCCCCCUAUGCAAACAUCUGCUUCUGUCUCCUGGCCAUGCAAUGUGCUUCAGGGCAGCAGCUAGGGGGCAGGGCUGAGAGCAUCCCCUGGACCCAGCCUAAAGGUGGUCGCCUGUGCACUGGCUCUGCCCUGCCAGCAGAGGGAGCUGGGAAGGAAAAGGCUGGAGACAGACUUGCUGAUCUGCCAUCCUCACCUGCCUCCACCCCAGCAGGCACCUGCCUGUUCACCAUGUGCAGAGGAUGGAGCACUACAUGGCCCAGCCUCAGGCAGCAUGGCCCAGAGGGUGGGUGGGUGGGGGGGGAGAGAGGACACCCCCCUUCCUUCCAGCAGUGGGAAAGGAUUGAACAGCAGGUGCACAACCCUGCCCUAGGCUCUCCAGGUAGGCUGGCUGCUAAGAAAGCUCCAUCAGGGUAGAGCUAAGCUGUGCCAGGUGACAGCAGCACCUGACUGUGCUCUCGGACAGGGCAGAUGGCAAGAACUGCACCCAGGCUGUUCCGGUCAUGGCUGCCACAGUUGCAGGCAGGAGGAAUUCCUGUAGGCCCCUGGGGGACGGGCAGCCAGACCUGUAAGCCAGUUGCCAUGUAGGCUGCUGGCUGUGCACUAAGCUCUCUGUACAAGGGCAGUUUUCUAGCACUUUGGGGUGGGGGGAGGUUUCAGAGCAGCUCCAGCGGGGACACCACUUGGUGGAUUUUGAGAGAACUCAGCUCCAUUUGAGGUGGUGUUUAAAGCCACACCCAGCUAGUCCUGGUGCAUUACAACACUGAGCACUGCAUGGGGAAGAUCUGAUGAGCAGGAAACCACCUGGACCUUUUAGUCUUUAGCCUCUUGCCUGCAGCUCGCAGCUGCAGCCCUCACCCAGACUUGCUCCACAAAUCCCCAUUCACAGGUGCUUUCCAGAGAGCUACGUUCUUCCCUCCAGCCCACUGUCCUUAACACAAAUCUCCCCCCCCCACCCCUUUCCUGGAGGAUGGGAGAGAAGAUAGAGUCGGGGGAGCUCCCAUCCUACCCCACUGCUGUCAUUCUUCCUGUGGAAGGCACGUUCUCACUCCCAGGCGAAGCCAUACCUCGAUACCUGUUCUCUACACCUCUGUGACAUACAUCAGUGUAAGAUAGCUGCUGGAUGUAGUCUGUCUGUACCGUUCUACCACUGCUAGAUGAGUAAUGACACUGCCGAUUUCAAUU